GCGCGCGACCGUCACGUGAUUUCGCCAUGGCGGCGUUUGCGGAUUUGGACCUGCGGGCGGGUUCCGACCUGAAGGCGCUGCGCGGGCUAGUGGAGAAUGCUGCUCACUUGGGCUAUUCAGUUGUUGCCAUCAAUCAUGUUGUUGAAUUUAAGGAAAAGAAACAGGAAAUUGAAAAACCAGUAGCUGUUUCUGAACUCUUUACAACUUUGCCAAUUGUACAGGGAAAAUCAAAACCAAUUAAGAUUUUAACUAGACUGACAAUUAUCGUUUCGGAUCCAUCUCACUGCAAUGUUUUGAGAGCAACUUCUUCAAGAGUCCGGCUGUAUGAUAUCGUUGCAGUUUUUCCAAAGACAGAAAAACUUUUUCAUGUUGCAUGUACACAUUUAGAUGUGGAUUUAGUCUGCAUAACUGUAACAGAGAAGCUACCAUUUUACUUCAAAAGACCCCCUAUUAAUGUGGCAAUUGACCGAGGUGUGGGCUUUGAACUUGUCUAUAGCCCCGCUAUCAAAGACUCCACAAUGAGAAGGUACACAAUUUCCAACGCCCUCAAUUUGAUGCAGGUCUGCAAAGGAAAGAAUGUAAUUAUAUCUAGUGCUGCUGAAAGGCCUUUAGAAAUAAGAGGCCCAUACGAUGUGGCAAACUUAGGGUUGCUGUUUGGGCUGUCGGAAAGUGACGCCAAGGCCGCAGUGUCCACCAACUGCCGAGCGGUGCUUCUGCACGGAGAAACUAGAAAAACUGCUUUUGGAAUUAUUUCCACAGUGAAGAAACCUCGGACAUCAGAAGUAGAUGAUGAUUCUCUUCCAGCCUGCAAGAAAGCCAAGUGUGAGAGCUGAAAUGAGUCGCCGUCUCUGUCAACACUCCCUUCUGCCUUUUGAGAAUCCAUCAGCCGCAACAGAAACGGAACCUCUGUAUGACUCACUAUUUUCACUUGGAGCUAGAUACCGGUAGUCUAUAAAAGCAGUCUUAUAUUUAAGCCAUUAAAAUAGCAAAACCUAGUAAAGCAUUUAAAAAAAAAAAAAAGGCUGUCCCCGUAAAGAAUUUAGAUAUUUUAAGAGAAAAGCAAAGACUAGUUCAUUUAUCCUUUCCGUUAAGUGAUAAAUGGAAGGUAUAAUUGAAUAAGAUGUUUCAAUAUUCAAGAGACUCUUUAAAAAUGUUUCUUGCUCAUUUAAAAGUUCAUGCUUUUCAGCUUUACUUGAUAUACAUGGCUUAUUUAAAUUUUACUACUCAAAAAGUGGUUAUUUUGAGGACUCUUAAAACUUAUGUUAAGGGGUUGGCUUUUAGUUGAUCUUCUCUUGCUUUAAGCCUCUCUUUCAUUAUAAUCGUCAAGUCCAAGUCCUUUCUAAAAGGAAUUGCUGUAAAAUUUGCGGAAGGAAAGGAAAAGUGCACGUAAAAUCACACUUGGCCUCUUCGUUUGCUGGUUCUUACCUCCGUGAUAUCCUUGAAAUAGGAUUCCUUUGAGUUGGAAGCCCCUGAAAACCUAAUAUUGAUUUUUCUAAUUGCUAUAGUAAAAAUCUCAAAGCACUGGACUCAAUCAACUUUGGAAAUAAUUUUUUUAAUAGCAGGAUCAUUAUAUUAAGUAGAAGUAGCCUUUUUUGUAAAUAUCUGCAUUUAUGCUAUAUUGAUAUUAAGAAAAUCAUUUAGAUGAAGAUAUGAACACUGUUCUGAGAGUCAGAGAAUAGAUAAUUUUAAAAAGAAAGCUUUACACCAAACUCACUUAUGAAUUUAGAUCCUUAAAUAAGAUAUUGGUAAAACAGAGUAUACCAUAACCAGGUGAGAUUUAUUCUAGAAAUGUAAGGAUUUUUCAGUUCUUUUCAAUGUACUACACUUUAUCAUAUUACUAGGUCAAAUGAGAAAAAUCAGACUCAUCUUAAUAGAUGCCUGUAAGACAUUUGAUAAAAUUUAAAGUCCACUCCUGAUUUUUGAAAAAUAAACAAGAAUAAAAACCCUUGACAAAAUACAAAUAGAAGAAUAUUUCACACAUAUGUGUAUAUGUUCAUUUCUCUUUAUAUAUUGUAUAUAUAUUAAGCAUCAUGGUUCUAAAAAUAAAGCAUUUUUUACUUCUUCUUAA